AUGCUAAUUGAUCGUGAAGCUCACCCUGUUACAUUUUCAAUCUUGUUGGGACUUUGUUUUAUUUCUCAAUCUUGCACUCAUUUGAUACCCGGUUUUCUUUCAGGAUACAAGAUACACAGGUUUCUUCCACAUACUGGAUUGAUCUUUGAGAAAAUCGUGAAGAUGGGCAACAUUCCAUGUCGCUUGUACUCCCGUGUCAGUAAAGAUGUACAAAGUGUCUUCCAAUGUGAAGCUUUGUGGUUUUACGCAUGUUGUGGCACAGGGGAGCUGUUGCUCAUUUUGCAGUACUAUCACCUUGAAAUUUUCCAGCGGUUUAUUCGAACUUAA